AUGGGCAGCGAAAUCGAAGAGCUCAAGCAGUUAGUUGCGCAACUACAGAAGGAGGAGGAUGUGAGGAAGCUCCAGUACACAUAUGGCUAUUACCUCGACAAAUGUCUCUAUAGAGAGGUGGCCGAUCUCUUCGCCGACCACCCAGAUACUUGCGUAGAGUUUCUAGGUGGCCGCUACAAUGGCAAGGAGGGCGUUGAGCGGCUGUAUGUCGGCCGCUUUGCCAAAGCCUUCGUGAACGGCCGCAAUGGUCCCGUGCAUGGCUUUCUCCUCGAUCAUCCACAGAUCCAGGGCAUCGUAGACAUCGAUGCUGACGGCGCCCGCGCCAAAGGUCGCUUUCGUAGCAUGAUGUCUGCCGGUACGCACGAGAGCAUUAAGGACACACAUCCCCGUGGGCUUGUGCAGUGGUGGGAGGGAGGCGUAUACGAGAACGAGUACAUCAAGCAAGACGGCGUAUGGAAGAUCUUCAGACUGAGAUACUUUCCAUUCUGGCACGGGACCUUCGAGAAAGGCUGGUCACACACCAAGCCAAACUAUGUCCCCUUUAUGUCCAAGACAUACCCCGAAGAUCCCGCCGGACCGAAUGAGCUCUGCGAGAACCCGAUGCUCUGGCCGGACACCCGCGUGGUCCCUUUCCACUACGCACACCCCAUAACCGGGAAACAGGUGGCGGAAGAGGAUCUAAGGGCACCUCCGUACGGUGAAGACCCAAAAAGCAGCACGCCGGCUUUGGUUCUGAGCAAACCAAAAUCUGAAGCGUAG